ACGACCAGUUUUUCCAAAUGCUUCAUUUUCGUAGAAACGACCGUAACUCAAGACAUGUGAUGUGUGUUUAUUAGAAAACAAGAAAGUACAUGUGAUGUGGUAUAAAGCUUAUAUGUAAUUAUUACAAUUUUUCAACUAAAUGAUAACUUGUAUUCACUAGAGUUGUAAAUAUUUUUUGUUAAUGGGUCAAUAGUUUUUUUUUCAGAAAAGAGCAAUUUACUGGAUUUCUUAUACAGUAAUAAUUUUUAAUUUACGAGAUGUGGAUAGGUCCCACUCCAGAACCAAAAAAAGAUGCAAAUCCAACAACUGGGUACCAUGCUAUUACUAGGCCCUCCUCUUUUUCCUCUGCUUUAUUGGUACCCUCAAAACCUUAAGACAAUUCAUAGAGAUCAAAACAUAAAUUUAUAGAGAAAAUAAUCACUUUUUCAAUCCACUCGGUUGACAAUAUAUGAUCUGAUUUAAACAUAUAUAAGUAGAACAACAUGUACUUAUUUAAACAUAUUUUAAUGCAUAUACUUGUUUUGUGCCUAAUCUUGCUAAUUUCUUUUUCUUAUAAUCCAAAGAUAUUUCCUUUUGUCACCCAAACUUUAUAAAUCCAGGCUUUGUUUUCAAACUAUCAAAGCCAAAAUAACCACACCUUACUGACUUAGCAAAAAAAAAAAGACAAGACAAUAAUUUGUUUUUGACUUUUACAUGUUCUCCUUAACCCUGUCAUUAGUAAAGUCCUUCACGUGCUCAUGUAAUCAACUUUUUACAGGGGUUUAGAAGUUUAAUUAAACCACAUUAUAACCUACUUAAUUACAUUGACUAAACCUUAAAACUUUAGUUUUUUUUUUCUAAAAAUAAGGAGAAGAACUAAAUAUCGAGAACUCAUACAGUUUUCAUGUUUUUGCUAUUUUCUUCAAAGACUAAAGACACAAGUGAGAGAGAGAGGUAACAUUAACAUAGAUAUUUCCUUUUUCAUUUUCACUUUUCUUCUUUUCUCUUUUGUGUGUGUGUUUUGUCUUUAUGGUCACAUUUCUGAUUAAAAUAGUAAUUGCUUUUUUUCAUUGGGGUAAGAAAGGAUCAUUGCAUCAGUGCAGAUUUUCCAUUUCUACUAUUCUCUUCCAAAAAUCUUACCUUAUCCUCCUUCAUUUUUUCGUUCUUAAUCAGUGAAAAAUAAAAGCUUUCAACUUUGUCUUUCCCCAAACCUCUAAUAAUCUUUUCUUUUUCUUUUUGUGUGUUUCCUCUGGAUCGUAUCAGUAAGGUGAAAUAAACUGUGAGAACAAUGGAUUAAACCCAGAUGAGAGUACGUCUCUGAUCUGAUAAAAACCAGUGGUUUCUGACGAACAGACACACCUAAUGGGCUCAGAGCAACAUAGGUUUCCUCAGCACGAACAGAGGAAAAGGUGGGAAGGCUGUUUUGAAGUGUUCUCUUGUUUCAAGUCACAAAAAGGAGGAAAAAGAAUAGUACCCGCCUCUCGCAUUCCCGAAGGCGGCAAUGCCUCAGCCUCACAACCCAAUGGAUCUCACCAAGCUGACCAAGCUACACUAGGAGGAGUCAACUUAUCACUUCUAGCUCCACCUUCCUCUCCCGCUUCCUUCACCAACUCUGCUCUUCCUUCAACGGCUCAGUCCCCAAACAACUGCUACUUAUCACUCGCUGCAAACUCCCCAGGAGGUCCUUCUUCGAGCAUGUACGCCACAGGACCAUACGCUCACGAAACCCAAUUAGUCUCACCGCCUCCUGUCUUCUCCACUUUCACCACUGAGCCAUCCACCGCUCCUUUCACUCCCCCUCCGGAGCUUGCUCAUUUAACUACUCCUUCUUCACCUGAUGUCCCUUACGCUCGCUUCUUGACUUCCAAGAACUCUGGCAAAGGUCAUUACAAUGAUCUUCACUCUACCUACUCUCUUUACCCUGGUAGUCCAGCCAGCUCUCUCAGAUCACCUAUCUCUCGAGCUUCCGGAGACGGGCUACUGUCGCCUCAGACUGGUGUCUCUACGCCUUUGCAGGAGUCUAACUUCUUCUGUCCUGAAACGUUUGCAAAGUUUUACUUGGAUCAUGAUCCUCAGAACGGUGGGAGGUUAAGUGUUUCCAAGGAUUCAGAUACUAGUCAGAAUAGGCAGACGAGAAGUCCCAAGCGUGAUAUGGAGGAGUUGGAAGCUUACAGAGCUUCCUUUGGGUUUAGUGCAGAUGAAGUUAUUACAACUAGUCACUACGUUGAGAUCACUGAUGUGAUGGAUGAUUCUUUGCUCUCUCCAAGAGAUGGACAGAAGCUACUUAGAAGAGAAGCUAACUUGCUUAGUCAGACAAGUCCCAAGUCAGAAGCUGGUCUUGAUCCACCAAAGUCAUCUUCAAAUGGUUACAAAGAUCACAAACCAAGAAAUGGUAUUCAUGCGGAUGAAGAGGCUUUGUUAUCGAGAGUGGGGUCUGUGAAAGGAAGCAGAAGCUAUCCCACUGGUUUCUCAAGCUCUGAUGCAGAGAUUGAAUACAGGAGAGGAAGAAGCUUAAGAGAAGGCAGAGAGAACAGACGCAGGAGAUAGGCUGACCAAGAACAACAACAGGCAACAAAGCCAGCUAGCGCUGUUCUAGUGAUGUUAACUCUUGAGAUAGAAUCUAGUUUUUAAGUAUAUAGACAUAUAAAUACAGAUGGUUUGUAGUAGAAUGAUAUGAUAUAUUAGCAAGCAAGUGUGAGAAAAGUGAAUGGUUGUUUUAGUUUGUCAUGGCUUUUUUUGUAAGGCCCCAUGUUUCUUCUAAUUGCAGGAAUCUAUUUAAGGUUUUUCUAGUGUCA